AGCAUGAGCGGGGGCAGUAAAUAGACUGCGCAGAAACGAAUAUGGGAUACUUCAGGUCUUGGUUUCCAAUAUCGUACUAUAUCAUCUUUGACAAAGGAUGUGUUCACUGAUUUCACGUUUUGGAACGCGAUGUUAUUAUCAGGUGUUAGAGAAGAGACAGACAAGGAUAAUUUUAAACCAGGCGUCAAAAAAAUCUAGAACGGGUAUCUCACCGAAAUCUCAGACCUUGGGAAAGAGUACUGUGGAAUUUGGGGUUGAGGCAACAAGCAACACGUUUGCCUAGGAGACUAUAAAUAACGGCAGUCUGUCGGCGCAGGGUCAACAAGCCGAUAGCGCCAGAUUGGUGAAUGGGUUUAGCAACCCUGAAGCUGCAGCAUGAGUGUGGGAUCCCUGGGCAUUGAGAUAGUUGUGGUCUUCUUCCUGGCGCUGUUUCUUCUGCAUCGCUAUGGAGACUUUCGCAAGCAACACCCCCUGGUCCUUUUCGGGACUCUCCUUUCCUGGUACCUCUGCUUCCUCAUCGUCUUCACCCUCCCGUUGGAUGUCAGCACGACUAUCUAUAACCAGUGCAGGAUUGACAACGAGAGACCCGGGACUCUGGCCAGCCAACCCCCUUUUAAUCAGACGAUCCGGUCAUCUGUCCACCCGACCAGCACGCCAAAAGCGUGUCACAUGCCAUGGAGCUACAUUCCAGAUGGGAUCCUGCCGGGGUUCUGGCGAGUGGUCUACUGGACCUCUCAGUGUCUGACCUGGUUGUUGCUCCCCUUCAUGCAAUCCUAUGCACGUUCUGGGGGCUUUUCAAUAUCUGGAAAGAUCAAGACGGCUCUUAUAGAGAAUGCCAUCUACUACGGAACUUAUCUGCUCAUUUUUUCUUCUUUGCUUAUCUACGUGGCAGUCCAUCCCAAAUGGCAGCUAACAUGGCGGGACCUGCAAACCAUCGGCAUUGCAGCCGCCAACACCUGGGGGCUUUUCCUCUUGGUGCUGUUGCUAGGUUACGGUCUGGUGGAGAUCCCGCGGUCAUACUGGAACUCCUCUCGCCAUGGUUACCUGUUGGCCAAGACCUACUUCAAAGUGGCAAAGCUGGCGACCGAAAGGGCUGAUGCAGAGGAGAACAUGGAGGACACCAUGCAGGAAGUGGCCAAUUCCAGCGACGCUAUUGGAUACAGUCAUCCAUUAAGGAAGUGCAUUGACACUAUUUUGAAAAAGUGUCCCAGAGAAAUCCAAGACAAAAUGCAGAGGAGGAAUGUGGAGGACGGUGAGGAUGACAACACACACACAAUCUACCCCUCUAAAAGGAGCCUAACGAAGCUUCACAAGCAGGUGAUCAAUGCCAGUCAGAGACAAAGACAAACGUUGGUCCAGUGGGACAUCCUCCUGGAAGAGGCCUUCCACUUAGAGGACGUGCAGAGGAACCUGACCAGUCCCUCCCAGCAGUUUGUCCGCAGUUUCAACUCCUGCCAGUCGCCUAGCUGGCCCAGCAGAUGCCUCUACACACCCACCGUAGAGUGGUACUGGGAGUGUGUGUUGCGAACAUGGUGCUACCGGCUGAUGGCACUACUGCUUUCCCUGCUGUCCGGAGCUGUGGUGUGGUCCGAAUGCACCUUCUUCAGCGCCAAGCCCGUCCUCUCGCUCUUCGCCGUCUUGAUUCAGAUAGCGGAAAGAGACCACAACUACCUCUACAUAGAGAUGGCGUGUUUCGUCACUAUCUUCUUCUUGUGUGUGUGCAUCUACUCCACCGUGUUCCGCAUUCGAGUCUUCAACUACUACUACCUGGUUCCUCACCAUCAGACAGACGCCUACAGCCUACAGUUCAGUGGAAUGUUGUUCUGUCGGUUGACCCCUCCACUGUGUCUCAACUUCCUGGGUCUGAUCCACAUGGACUCCACCAUUUCUCACCAGCAGAGAAUACAGACAGCGUAUACCUCAAUCAUGGGCUCGAUGCGUCUCCUGCCCUUCAUCGCGGAUGGCUUCUACAUAUAUUACCCCAUGCUGGUCUUACUACUCUGCAUCGCCACUUUCUGCAGCUUGGGUACCCACUGCCUCAACCUCCUGGGGUUCACACAGUUCAUGAGUCAGAGCAACGACUUGACCUCCGACCUGGUGGACGAAGGAAAGGAGCUCAUCAAAAGAGAAAGAAGACGACGACAGAGAAGAGAGGAUGGACAGAACUGGAAACAAGUAUGGAGAGAACGCUAUGGCGAACAACGAAAUCUGGGGAGAAACAGAAAUGGAUAUUCCGAGUUAAGGGAUGACGACUCUCCCGACAACAACUGUGAAACUGCCCAGUUGACCUGGAGAGAGGGUGGAGAUUACACUGGGCAACGCUAGACACCAGGUGCCCGGAUCUUCUACCCAGCGGUACUAUGCCCCAGACAUCAGUA